UCUAACACUCCUGUUACUUCUGUUUUUCCUCUGUUUUUUUUGUCUUACCAUCUAACUUUCUCCAACCAAAAACAAAACAACAUGGGGGCUCUCGAUUAUAUUUCAAACUUUUGUACUGUCUCUAGAAGAAGAACCAAACGCAAACCAAUGCAGACAGUUGAAAUCAAGGUUAAAAUGGACUGUGAUGGCUGUGAAAGAAGAGUAAAAAAUGCUGUAACCAACAUGAAAGGUGUAAAAAGUGUUGAAGUGAACCGGAAACAGAGCAGGGUAACGGUGACAGGGAACGUGGAACCCAACAGAGUGUUGAAGAGAGUGAAGAGCACGGGGAAAAGAGCGGAGUUUUGGCCAUACAUACCGCAACAUGUGGUGUAUUAUCCGUACGCAUCCGGGGCGUACGACAAAAAGGCACCGGCGGGAUUUGUUCGGAACGUGGUUCAAGCUUAUCCGGGUAGUUCUUCCCACGCUCCCGAAGAGAACUUCGUAUCUUUCUUCAGUGACGAUAAUGUUCAUGCAUGUUCAAUCAUGUAGGCUUAAGCUUAAGCUUUUAGGGUUACCAAAUAUAUAUAUAUAUAUAUAUAUAUGUAUCUAUGUAUGUAUCAUUUUAGUAGGGGGAAUAAUAAAGUUAGAUAAUGGAUUUUUGA